CCGAGCCCGGAUACGCCCGAGCCUCGGCUCUCCGCCUCCUCCAGUACGAAAGUGCCCGAGCGCUGCCGGACGGGUUGAACCGGCCUCGGCCGCGGAUCGGAAUCAACUCCCGAAGUGCGGCGCGGUCGGGCCCCUUCGCGAGUAGAAGCGAAAAUGGCCGAAGGGACGCGACUAGCGCGGAGCCGAGAGACUGCUGGGAUCGCGGAGGACUCGGCGGGCGGGGCCGGGCGGCAAGAUGGCUGCCGGAGGGCCAGGAGAAAAGAAUAAGCCGGGAUCCUCCGUCAGGGCCGGAAAUGGCCCAGUCAGGGUGAUGCCCCCAAGGAAGCCUGGUGUUCCAAGGCCAUCCUGCCUGCAGUCACCAGGGACAGACGCAGCCCUCCGGCUCCAGGCUAGGACACUUCCUGUGACACCGGAGGAGCUGCUGCUCUACCUGAGCGGGGCCUGCUGGGCCCUGCACCUCCUAGCUACGCUCCUGAUGAUUCUGUAUAAAAGUCAGGUUUUCAGUUACCCUCAUCCUUACCUGGUCCUCGACCUGACUCUGCUGCUUCUGAUGGGGGUUCUGGAAGUGACCCGGCUGUAUCUCGGUGAGUUGCUGGGGACCACAGGGUGCAGAGGGCCACGGAAGUCCUCGCUUCCGGCCCGGGAACCCUUUACGACGUCCAUCCUUUAUCACGUGCUUCCUAGAGCCGACCCCUCAGCCACUCGCUUUGCUUGCCUCCCCCGGCACGAAGCGCUGGCCGGCCUAUUCAGGACAGCUCUGGCAGCGGCCUUGGGAGAGCAGCUUCCACGGGAAGCCUGUCCUGAGAAGCCACAGGGGGACGCGGCGCCGAGAGCCCCAAAAUAGUCACCUCAUCUCCUUCCUUCCCCUCCCGUUGGCCUCAGCAGUCUGGAGCAGGAUCUGGAGUGUUCUGUCGAGUCCCCAACAGGCCAGCGGAGCCUGGAGUUGCGGGAGGGCCCCCCGAGCAGCCUCAGUCCAGCUCCGGGCCACGCAGGGGCCCUCAGGCAGCCCCGUUUGAGUUCUCCCUCCGCGUGAGCUUUGCCCUGUAGCCCGGCCUGGCCAGCGCUCAGCACACAGGGUGCAGGCUUCCAGCCCCGCUUCCGCCUCUGGCCAGCUCACAGGCACACUCAUGCCAGCACAUCUGCGUUCCACGAUGGGAUCGUACGUGCGUGUUCCGCGACUGCGUCUGGGAAACGCCCUCCGUUGGAAGAGCUGGUCGAGCCGGUGACAGCUGGCGCUCCCAGGCCCCUUGCACACGCACACCAGGGACGCCGUCAGUGGCGAGGAAGUGGGUACGCGCCCUUGUCAGCAGAGCCUCAGGACUCUUCAGGGGACAGGAGCAAGUCUCCUGGGCCAUCAUGCUGGGCACGUGGGGCUGUCCGUGUCCGCUGUCACGGACGAGCCCACGCAGCUGGGAGGGAGGCAGAUGGUGCUGGGCCCCUGGGUCCGCCGCAGCAGCCAGGGAUCAGCGUUUCCUGGGAUCGAGCCAUUUGUCUGUAAAGUACUCACUUUGGUUUGACUUUUGACAGGCGUGCAUGGCAUUUUCCGGAGCUGGCCUUAGCCCAGAGUAAAAUAGUUUUGG